UUAUUAUAAACAAAACACAUAGCUUCGGGCGCAUCGAUGGUUAUUUUAAUUUGUGCCCUUUUUAUGUAUAAGACCGCAUCGACAAGCUUCAGUCGAUAGUCAUAACGUAUAGGGAUUGAUUUAACGGACAAUUUUAUAUGCCUAUCAUUUUUUUCAUUUUAUUUUUUACGUUUCGACGCGGCAGCUUUUUGUUUCUGUAUAGUGAAGUAACAGUCGUUUUGUGCUCGUCAAAAAACAGUUUUUAUUCGUGUGCUGAUAAUGGUUGACUGUGUCCUGUAACGUUACAUGCUAACGGUAGUACGUUAAGCUAACAAUCUUUGAGCCAUACAAAAUGAUUUAUGUUUUUGGACAGAUUUGUGCUGUUUAUUGUGAUUUAACACAUGGACACCGCUCUGUAGUGUCUAAUGCCGAAUUCUAUCGAGAAUAUUGCUGUUGUUUUGACUUUGUUUAGAGAAAGUGAAAAUGCUUGAGCAAAAGUGAAAUACUGUAAAUGGGUGGUCGUUUAUUAAAUCUGGUGUUCUGUUCUGUCGUAUCCAAGGUCCAGUUGACUUCUUUGAAAAGCUGCAGGAAUCAUGGGAGCCGUGUUCCUGCCAGCAGAUGCCGCGCACUCGGUGCUGCGAAGGCUCCCAAGAGCAAACUUCUUCUUGGAGGAGAUGAAACAAGGGAACAUUCAGCGGGAAUGCAGGGAGGAAAUCUGCAGUUAUGAAGAAGCCAGGGAGGCAUUUGAGAAUGAUGAGAAAACGAGGCGAUUCUGGGAGGAGUACCAGCGUGAAAGUAGCCCCAGGCCUGGAGGACUGGAGUCCAUCGCUGGUGGCGUUCAUUCCCUGUACCUGAUCUUACCCCUGCUGCUGGUUUUGCUGCUCAUUGCUGCAGUUUCCAUCACAGUUUGGAGAUGCCACUCACGCAAAAGAUCCCAGCAGAGUCCUGCCAUUGGGCGCCCACAAAGAGACACAACCCUGUCAGUGGUGUCAAUGGACCAGUGGGGUCGGGACUACCAUCCUGACAUCAGUCCUCACUCAGAGAUCAGUGCCCACAGUAGCCCCGCCUACCCAGGCGCUGACCUCACACCUGGGCGGGGCAGUCGGGGUGACCCACCCCCUUCAUAUGAAGAAGCUGUGGGCCAUACAGAUAUACAGAUUGAAGCAGAGCCUCCACCACAAUAUGAAGACAUCAUCAGUAACCACGGUAACACGGUUAUCAUCUCCCAUGGAAAGUGACGGGUCUUCCAGGCAUGUUAUCCACUCUCAUGUAGGGAUGCAUUUUGAUAGCAAUACUGUAAACCCUGUCAUUCCUUACCGGCUGUGUCUCUCUUCUUUUUUAUAGCUAAUGUUUUUGCAGGAUGUGAACAUGUUUGGCCAUUUAUUUUUAAGUACUAGAAGUAUUUUUUUACAACUUCACUACUAAAAUGACAGGCUUUUCAACUCCAGCACUAGCAGAACAGCUAAACUUCUUUACUUAAUGUGAAGAGAAAACAACUUAUGCAAUAACAUUAUUCUAAGUACCGUUACAUUGUUAAAACUUUGAAUUGCUUUGAUUUCAGAGAUUUUCAUAGAACUCAUAACAGCAUGAAUUCUAAUCCUAUCCCAAAUCCAGAGACAAAGUACUGUAAGUUAGUAAGUCCUAUGAGUGUCAGAACAUCUUACAAAUGAACUGAAUAUUUGGUCAGUUGUGGCCUCUCAUUGGACAACUAAAACAUAAUUGUAAAUAAUCAGUUUCAGAGGAAAAAAUUGCACAAUAUUUUCAGGAAGUUGUAAAUUUGAAUGUUUACUGACAUUCUGUACUUCAAGGUUCAUUGUAACCGUUAUCAAAAGCCAUCUAUCUCUAUUGAAUUGCAUAGACAUCACAAUGCAUUGGAUUCACAGCCUCAAUGAAAUUUUGAUAUAGGGUUGAUUUUUCUUUUCCACUAGUUGAAGUGUUAGAUUUGGUUAGCAUGUUCAGCUAAAUGGAUAACCAAUUACUAAUGAUAAUGCAUCGCUGAUAACUUUGACCAAACAAAUUCAAUCCUGAUUUUAUGUAGCAUCGUGGUUGUUAAUGAUGAAUCAGACUAAGUGGGCACUAAGUCAACGUGUGAGGUUUUGCAUUUUGGAAAAUACAAUACUGAAAGGGAUAGAUCGCCCAAAAUUUGCUCAAUAUUUACUCUAUCAAACUCAGUCUAUCCAAGAUGUUGAUGAGUUUGUUUCUUCAAUAAAACAGAUUUGGAUAAAUUUAGCAUUACAUCACUUGCUCACUAAUAGUUAUUUUGCAGUGAAUGGGUGCCAUCACAAUAAUCCACAUGACUGUAGUCCACUAGUUAACAUAUUGUGCAGUGAAAAGCUGCAUGUUUGUAAGAAACAAAUCCAACAUUAAGAUCUGUUAAACCAUUGCUUCUGGCCAAAAUACCAGUCCUCUAUCCGUAAUAAAAAAAAACAUUCUGACGGCACCCAUUCACUGCAGAGGAUCCAUUGAUGAGCAAGUGAUGUAAUGCUACAUUUCUCCAAAUCUGUUGUGAUGAAGAAACAAAGCUAAUCUAUGGCUUGUGAGUACAUUUUCAGCAAAUUUUCAUUUUUGGGUGAACUUUUCCUUGAACUGUUGUAUUGUGUAAGUGUGGCUUAAGGUUUGGCAUUUCAGUCAAGCCACAAUGAGUUCAAUGGCAAAACAUAGUAGACUACAUGGUCUAUGCAACAGUGCUUUCUUUUCUCUCCAUAGCUUUGGAGCAAUUUACAUGGUCACAGCCUUGUGAAAUUUAUUCUUAUUGUGGCCAAGGAUUAAAUGGCCAUAUUAAGCAUCCCAAGCUGGGACUUCUAGGACAAGCAAGAUGAAUUGUCCAUUGUGGAGGUAAUUAAUAAGGAGCUAGAAGCAUGCUUUUUGUGUGAAACUGAGAUGAGU